AUUUAGUUUACUUAAAUUACUCCAUCACCGCGAACGCAGGCAAAUUGAAUUAUGAGUGAAAUAACCGCAAACUCAAAUGCAUCCGAGUACGACAAAGAUGAACUGGUGCCGCCGAAAUGGCUGGACAAAGCCUUCUUUGAGCGGGUCUUGCAGCCGCAAAAAAGUAGUGAAAAUGUGAAAGUACCAAAUAUUACAAUUCAGCCUGCUACCAAAAAGGGCGAACACUUUGCAAGUGUAAUGUACCGAGUGCAAGUGACGUUUACUUUAUCACGCGACUGUGAAACAAUGCAGCGGCAGCAAAACAAAUCACUGAUUGUAAAAACUUUACCUGAGCUGCAAGGCGUGAAACAGCGUUUGCUGCAGGACUCAAAGCUCUUCGAAACCGAAAUAGGUAUUUACACUGAAGUGGUGCCAAAACUAGAAGAGACGCUGCUGUUGGCUGGCGAGGAGGUACAAUUUGGCGCCAACUGCCUAUACAAUGCGCUGACACCCGUCAAAGUAUUGGUUUUCGAAGAUUUAACACAGCUGGGCUACGAAAUCGUGCGCAAGCGCUCACUGACGCUAACUGAAAUUAGAGCCGCCUAUCGCAAAUUAGCAAAAUGGCAUGCGGCAAGCUAUAAGCUGGCGAAGGAACACACCUCGGUCUUCGAAAAAUAUCGUCACAGUUUUAUGACUAUUCCCUAUAUUGUGAAUAGCUCCUUCAUAACCAGCGGCAUAGAAAACUUCAUCGGUAUGCUCGACUCCGUGCCUUCUCUGGUGGCGUACAAACCAUACUUCCAGCAACUGCAACCUGAUUGGGCUGUCAAAUGUCGCGCUACGUAUACGGAAUAUUUUCUGAAUCCGCAGCAACAAACCUACUACGGCAUUUGCCAUGGCGAUUUUCUUGCCAAUAAUUUAAUGUUCAAGCAUAAUUCUGUAAGCGGCGAGUUGGCGGAUGUGCUGCUCGUGGACUAUCAGCUCACCUACAUGGGUCCACUGGUCAACGAUCUCUUGUAUGCCUUCGUCAUGCUCUAUACCGCUGAGCAGCGUGCCAAACAUCACGAAGCACUCUUGGAGUAUUAUUAUAGCAAUUUUGUGGAGGCUUUAGAGAAAUUGGGCUGUAAAGCAGGAUUUGUGAAUUUUGAAAUAUUUCAAGAGCAGCUGAAACGCCAGAAAAUUUUAGCACUCUUCCUACUACUCAGUUUCCUGCCCAUACGAUAUGCGCUGAGCGCCGGCCUGGUAGACCGAGAUCACAUGAUGGCCACCGACGAGGAGCGUCGCCCACUUUACUACGAUAAAAAUUACAUCGCUGAGUUGCACAAUCUCUUGCCAAUGUAUUUGCGUUUGGGUUAUUUACAAUAAAAACGAAAAAACCUUUUUAACAAU